UUGCCUCUGCAAACCGUAAGAAAUGCUCGCAUCUUUGAUCAUCUUUCUCUUUACGGCCACCGGAAACCGCAUUCUGCAAGUUCCCUUUGCUCAUUCUUGGUUCACAUUCAAUUUGUAUCCUAUUCUGAUUUGGGGAUGGUUUGAAACUGGGCAAUUCAGCUGCUAUAGGCUAAAGGGAGCAGUUAUUGUCUUCUUGAUAAGGUGUUAAGAGGAUUACAUUGAGAACCAGGGAUUCCUGGUUACCAGAAUUAUAUUGGAAUGCAGUUUAUUAUGAGCGGCAGGCCUUCGGAGUCCUAUGCCGUCUCCAUUUUGAGAUCAAUAACUCCGAAUCUUAGCUUAACUAAGCACAAAGGCCAAGCUGGGGAGAUAGCUGUUAUAGGUGGUUGUCGAGAAUACACUGGCGCACCGUACUUUUCAGCUAUAUCAGCCUUAAAAGUUGGUGCAGAUUUGUCUCAUGUAUUUUGCACCAAAGAUGCUGCUCCAAUUAUAAAAAGCUACAGCCCCGAGUUAAUUGUUCAUCCUAUUCUAGAAGAAUCUUACAAUAUUAGGGAUGAGGAAAAGGAUUUAAUAUCAACCAAAGUGAUUGGAGAAGUCGAGAAAUGGAUGGAGAAGUUUGAUUGUUUAGUUGUCGGGCCAGGCCUCGGAAGGGACCCGUUUCUUCUGGAAUGUGUGAGCAUCAUUAUGAGGCUUGCACGGGAGUGUGAUGUCCCGAUGGUCAUAGAUGGGGAUGGGCUUUUUCUCGUGACGAACUCUCUUGAAUUGAUUGCCGGUUAUCCUCUAGCUGUCCUAACCCCCAAUAGAAACGAGUAUAAACGGCUCAUUAGAAAGGUACUAGAGACUGAAGUUGAUGAACAAGAUGCAGCGAGGCAAAUACAAGCCCUUGCUACAGCGAUUGGCAAUGUUACAGUUUUACGUAAAGGGGAAAGCGAUGUGAUCAGUGAUGGUAAAACAGUUUGUGCUGUAAAUAUUUAUGGCUCUCCUCGACGUUGUGGUGGCCAGGGUGAUGUACUUUCAGGAAGUGUUGCCGUGUUUCUAUCUUGGGCACGCGAUUGUGCUGCCAACGGGGAACUGAGCAUGAACCCCAUCGUAUCGGGGUGCAUUGCUGGAUCAGCUUUAGUGAGAAAAGCCGCGGCCCUUGCCUUUGAGCACAAGAGAAGAUCAACCGUGACGGGUGAUAUCAUCAUCUGUUUGGGAAAAAGUAUGGACGAUAUCUGUCCAACGCGAUGAAACACUACUUUCGUCGUUACAUUCGCCGAAUUUCAGGCCAAAGACCCUUGUGUGAAGCAGAAGGGGAAACCUUUUGGCCUUGCAAAUGUACCAUUUUUGUAGUCUUGAUACCCUCUGUAAGAAUAGUAAUAAGUGUUCCUUUGAGGCCAUAAAUAUGAAUGAUCAAUAAAGUCAUUCAG